AUGUUUGCCGUUCGCUUCUCCGUCCGACGCAUUACUUCCUCUUGGCUACCUCGAGCCAGUCAACUACGACCGACUUCCGACUUCUACGUUCCUCGCCCUGCCAAUGCUCCGGUCCCCGCAAUAAUGCAGAACACUCCCAGGAAACACUUCGCCGGCAAGCAGCGCAAGAAGGCGAAGGUCGAGAAGAAUAAGAGCAGUGGACACGAUGAGGUCCUCCUCGCCGACAUCAACAACCUUCUUAAGCGCAGUCAAUCCGAACAGGACGAAACCAAUGGCGAGGAUGCGCCCCAGGCUAUUCCCGAGAAAUUCACUGAAAUGGAUGUGAAGAUUUCUGAGCUUUCCUCGACCGGCGAUGGUCUAGCACUUUCAGAGAAUGGAAAAUAUGUAUAUGUGGUUCCGUUCACAGUCCCCGGCGACACUGUGCGGGUCAAAGUGGUGAGGCAUUUCGAGUCGUUGUCAUACAGUUUGACCGAUUUCGUGAAAGUGAUUGAAGCCGGCCCCCAGAGAAAUGAUGCGCUCAUUAAUUGCAAAUACUUCGGAGAGUGUUCUGGUUGUCAGCUCCAGAUGAUGUCUUACGAGGACCAGCUUGCUCACAAGCGCCGCAUCGUGGAGAAAGCCUAUGCUAAUUUCUCUGGGCUGAUCCCAGAGCUUGUGCCCACAAUUGGAGAGACAUUCGCCUCGCCAAUGCAGUUUGGAUACCGCACGAAGCUCACACCGCAUUUCGAAAAUGGCGGCGGCCGCAAGGCCAAGAAUCAUGACGAAGCGGAGGAGGUCAAAGUUCCACCUAUUGGAUUUACAUACAAGAACCGACGCCUUGAUAUGGAUAUCGAGGAUUGCCCUCUGGGAACAGAUAUUGUGCGGCGUGGUCUCACUAGUGAGCGGAAACGAGUUGCAGAGAACAUCCGUUCUUACAAGAGAGGUGCCACUCUUCUGAUGCGAGAGUCAACCACACGAGUGCCCAAAGAGUCGGCAACUACUUCCGACGGCGAAGCACCCAAGCCAAGCCCGAUCAUCCCAACACCAGGAGCAGACACGGGCGACGUUAUCCGCAUCGAGCACGAGAAUUAUAUCGAAGAGAAGCGCUGCAUCACAGACAACAAUGCCACAAUGGUCGAGUACGUCGACGACUACAUCUUCAGCAACAAGGCAGGCGCCUUCUUCCAAAACAACAACUCAAUCCUGUCCGGCUUCACGGAGUUCAUCCGCUCCCAAGCCAUCCCCGCAGGCAACGAAAAAGACCCACGCCCGAUCAAGUACCUCCUGGAUGCCUAUUCCGGCUCUGCCGGCGAUUCCAUUAACUCAGCACGCGACAACGCCCGCGCAAACGAGCUCCCUAACACGGGCUUCGCUGCCGCUGAUGCCGCUGUUCUCUUCAAAGAUGUCCCUUACCCUGCUGACCAGACUUUGCUCGUCAUUGACCCGCCUCGCAAGGGUUGCUCGGAUGACUUCUUGCGCCAGAUGCUUGACUUCAAACCCCGUCGUGUCGUUUAUGUCAGUUGCAAUGUUCACACCCAGGCUCGCGAUGUGGCUGUCAUGGUUCAGGGUGACGAGAAGAAGAAUGUGCGCUAUGAGAUCGAAAGUAUUCGUGGCUUUGACUUCUUCCCUCAGACCGGUCAUGUGGAAGGUGUGGCUAUUUUGAAUCGCACUUCUUUCCCUCAGGCGGAGACUGCUCCUCAGACGGAAACCGCUUAA